AACGAAAUGAAGGAGCGGGGAAGCCUUGUUGCUUUUUCUCAACGGCUGGGAGCGCUUCAGCGGCACCUUUCCAUCCAUGUCCCACCAAUCCUGCCCCGAGUCUCCAAAGGGAGCCUGCCACCUCAGCUUUAAGCAACUAAAUGAUUUUCUGGGGGAGGAUUUUUAAUCAGCGAGAUGAUGCUCGUUCUCCUGCUGGCAGCCUUUUCCGCUUCAAUCUCAAGCUCCUCCCUCUCCUCCCCGUCCAUGUCAGAUGGACUCCCAAUGGCAGACCCGUCUGCUCCGGACUUGAUGUCUGAGACAUGCAGCGCCUGCUCCUGCAUGUCAGUGGAAAACGUACUGUACGUCAAUUGUGAAAAGAUCACUGUAUAUCGACCGACACAACUCAUCCCUCCUGUGUCGUCAUUAUACCACCUCAACUUCCAAAAUAACUUCUUAGUUAUUCUCUACCCAAACUCGUUCCUCAACUUCACCCAUGCUGUGUCUCUGCAGCUGGGGAAUAAUCAGCUACAGAACAUUGAAGGUGGCGCGUUCAUGGGGAUGAGUGCUUUGAAACAGCUCCACCUAAACAACAACGAGUUAAAGGUGUUGCAAGCAGACACUUUUCAAGGAAUAGAAAACUUGGAGUACCUUCAAGCUGACUACAACUUAAUCAAGUAUAUUGAAAAGGGAUCAUUUAACAAACUGCACAGGUUAAAAGUGCUCAUUCUGAAUGAUAAUCUCAUACAGGCACUUCCUGACAACAUAUUUCGCUUUGCCUCCCUCACACACCUGGAUAUAAGAGGGAACAGGAUCCAGAAGCUUCCAUAUUUGGGAGUUCUGGAGCACAUCGGACGGAUUGUUGAGCUGCAGUUGGAUGAUAAUCCCUGGAAUUGUACCUGUGAUUUAGCACCUCUCAAGGCAUGGCUUGAAAACAUGCCCUAUAAUAUUUUUAUUGGAGAGGCCAUAUGUGAAACGCCAAGUGACUUGUAUGGAAGGCUUCUGAAAGAAACUAAUAAGCAGGAGCUUUGCCCCAUGGGUACAGGAAGUGACUUUGAUGUUAGAAUGCCACCUGCACUCCCUGAUACGGGUCAGUCAUCCCCCAAAAUAUCCCCGACCUCCGUGGGUGCCAUUCCCACAAAAUCGCCAAAAAACACAGACUCAUCUAAAAUUUACGGUAAUGGCAUUGUAGCCGGUUUACCCCCUUUUGGAAGAAAUAGUCAGAUUGUUUCCUUUCAGACACGGAGCCCUCCAACGUUAUGCCCACAGCCGUGCAGCUGUAAAACCCACCCUUCAGAUUUUGGCAUUACCGUCAGUUGUCAGGAAAGAAAUAUAGAAAAUCUAGCAGAACUUAUCCCUAAACCAGCAAAUGCCAAGAAACUUCACUUGAGUGGGAAUUACAUUCGUGACAUAAACCCGACUGAUUUCCGAGGAUUUGAAGGUUUAGAUUUGCUUCAUCUUGGCAGCAACCAAAUUGUCACCGUCCGGAAAGAUGUGUUUGCUAACCUCACUAAUCUAAGAAGACUAUAUCUGAAUGGAAACCAGCUCGAACAGUUACACCCUGAAAUGUUUUUGGGCCUCACAAAUCUACAAUACCUAUAUUUGGAAUACAAUGCCAUUAAAGAAGUUCUAGCGGGCACGUUUGACUCCAUGCCAAAUUUGCAACUCCUGUAUCUCAAUAAUAACGUGUUGCGGAGUCUUCCUGCCUAUGUGUUUGCAGGCGUCUCUUUAGCCAAACUUAAUUUGAAAAACAACCACUUCAUGACCCUGCCAGUCAGUGGUGUCCUGGACCAGCUGCGUUCUUUGACCCAAAUAGACCUAGAGGGAAACCCGUGGGAGUGUUCCUGCGAUUUGGUCGCUCUCAAACUAUGGUUAGACAAGCUAAGUGAUGGAGUGGCUGCUAAAGAGGUGAGAUGUGCCUCCCCAGUGCAAUUCUCCAAUAUUGAACUGCGCCUGUUGAAAAACGAGAUCCUGUGCCCAAAGCUGAUUGCUCGGCCACCUUUUAUUUUUACCAGCGCCACCCCGGUCUUGACUUCAGUUUCACCUGCAGGAGUUGGCAAAGCCCCGCCAGGAGGUCCUGUACCUCUCUCAAUCAUGAUCCUUAGUAUCCUUGUAGUGCUAAUACUUACAGUGUUUGUGGCCUUCUGCCUUUUAGUCUUUGUCCUAAGACGGACUAAAAAACCAGCUGGUCGUCAGGAACUGGGGAAUCAGGAGUGUGGCUCCAUGUCACUGCAGCUCCACCGGCAUGGCCACAAAUCAGGCAAAAAAGGUUCCAUUUCGGGAGAUGAAUUGGGAGGCGAAACAUUUAUCCCCCAAACCAUUGAACACAUUGGCAAGAGCCACACUUGUGGUAUUGGACGCUCAUCAGACAUGGACGCUGGGUUUAAGUUUGCUGACUCGCAAAGGCAGAAAAUUAUCCUUCGGAGCGCUGCUGACAAGGAUAGAGACGCACUCUCCACCUUGGAGCGCAACAAGCGCCUCAGUACAAUCGACGAACUCGAGGAAUUCCUACCAAAUCGAGAGCCCAGCAUGUUCAUCCAGAAUUUCCUGGACGGCAAGAGAGAUUUCAACAGCAUAGGAAUGGGUGCGUACGAAAUCCGCUACCCGGAGAAAACUUUGGAUCGAAAGAUGAAGAAAUCAUCACUGAUAGGUGGGAACCACAGUAAGAUUGUGGUGGAGCAAAGAAAAACCAGCUGUGCGUAUACACUCCCUCGCACACACACACAUUCAGCAAAAAAGUGCCUUCUGGAAAAUCGUAUUGACCAAUGCUUAGAUGGACAAAAUGGCUCCAUACUACAAAGCUUUUACUUGGAUCAGCAAGGAUACAUGUUACAGUGAAAGACAUUUGGAUCAUCCAUGCCAUAUGUAUGAAUCGUACCUAGAUACCACAAGACAGCCUACAAACAACCUGACAGUCUUAGUAUUUUUGCAGCUAUGGGAAUGGCAACUUUUUUUUUUUCAUUGUUAUUGCUGUUAUUAUUAUUUGGUUUUCUAACAAAUCAAAUGGUCUUGGAAACAAUGCUUGAGAAUAUACCUCGCAGGCUCCUUCCCUCAUUUUAUAACAGAAGGGUUGAAACAGAGAGAUGACGGCACCUCACGUCGUAAUCCUUGGCUCCGAAAUGUACAGGUAUCUGAUAUCACUACUUCUGGGCUAAGUUACAAAGAAUGACUCAAUGGAUUCUACAUUGCUUUUUUUUCACUUUGUAAGGAUAUUUGUUUGUUCUUAGGGAAGCUCUCUGGGGCCGCCUGCAGACUUGAUGCCAUUUUGUCAGGAUUAUACACUCGUGGCAGAUCACCUGCUCUAUGCUGAAAGGCUAAACGGCUCCUGUUUGGUGUUCAUGGGAAGGCAAUGUACUGAAAAACUCUUUUGAGAUUGAUUUCACGACUUGCUUUCUUUGUGUAAAGAGCCAUGUUAAUAUAUAGUGUAUUCUGAAUGGAGUUGUGUUUCCUCUUCAAGUUACUAUUUCAAAAUGUAUGUUUUUGGGUGAAACCGAAUCGGCAAUUACACUGUCACGAGAUGUUUCUUAAAAAUGAAAGCCCAAGGAUAAAAGAGUACAAAGCUGCUUGCCAUGUAAGCGUAACUUGGAAUUUAUUUUGUAAGUCUUACAUUAUUUGUAUCUGUGGGACUGGUUUGUAAAUUACACUGACAAAUAUCUGCAUAUGCGCACACACAUGCUGUAUUGCGGAGCAUCAUCAUGUAGAGAGUGCUCCCCAGAAAUGUCAAAGAGAUCAUUAAUAUGACUCAAUCAGUGAUAAUCCUCUCCCCUCUUGUCAGUUCUCAAUUCAUAGUAAAAGAAUUUAAAAAGAUAGUUAGUUUAUUUUUCUAUGCAGGGUUAUUUAAAGAGAUUAUGGUAUUAUUGAAAAAGGACGCUACCCUGAGAGGAACUAACUUUCAUCAGAGCUAAUAAAGGUCACAGGUAGACGUGACCGUUGAUUUGUUUCAAUGGUUUAUAAUUUGUUCUCUGAACAAGUUGACAUGAUGAACAAUUGUGAAAUGUGAUCUGUGUUGUUUUCGCACGACAAGCCUGGCGGAGUCUGUGAAGGCUCAAAUACGUUCCUAAUUCUUACAUCUCCCACAGCAUCUUGUAAAGGUUUCUUAUGAACUUAUGCAACCAAAAUAAAUGUGCAUUAAACUUAAUAAAGUUCCGGAUUGUUGAUAUGGGAAUGGUGACAUUCUAAAAAUGUGGGCUCUUAAGAUAAGGACAGAAUCAUAUCAUCGGACAACGUGCAAUAUUAGGAACUAGUCAAGUAGGAAAUGGCUUCAAAUCGUGUUUGUUUUUAUUAGUUUGAGGUAAUAUUGUUGAAAGAAAAGAUGCAGUUCAAAAUUAGCCUAAUUAACACUAUGCGGUUUUUAUUUAAAAGUAUUGUUAAGUUAAACUGAUGACAUUCAACUGUUUGUUGACAUUUCAAAUGAAUAGAAUGUAACUUAGAAAGAAUAAUAAAUAACAUUUUCUCUCAGUCAUAAAUUUCCUGUAUAAUGGUUAAUUUUCUCUUGUAUUAUCAUGUUAAUGUGAAGGUAUUAAAAUAAGCACCUC